UGUCACUCUAUUAUAGGCAUAGAUACUACUAUUAAGUAUAAGUGGUUCAGCGAAGUUAUGUUUGUUUCGCAGCAAAAAUUAAAAUUUAAACAAGUGUAAAUGUUUUAGUUUAUAAUUUAGUUUUUUUUAUAUAUUUUUAUUAAUUUUAAAGUUCAACGGAAUCGAAAAAGGCAAAAAAGAAUGAGUAAUAAGUGGAAUUCUGACGAUGAUUUUAGCCGAGACAUCCAAGAAUUAUCCGUGUUCGGUACUAAUGGUUAUUUUGAUAAAGAAAUUUUAUCCAACGCCGAUGAAAUAAGAACGAGAUUGCAAAUAACGAGACGUAGUCGUUUUGAUGAUGACGAAAGGUUCAACCAAAUAUUAAAUGAUGACAGUACCAUUUGUGAGAAUGUAGUAUUUUGUAAACCCGUUCGAGGAAGACCGUUGAAAAAUAUACCUUUGGUCGACAAACCAGGGGGUAAAUCGUCAUUUCUAGACAAACAAAACGAAACUUCUGCAACAAUUAGAAGAGUAUGUAUGCUCUGGUGUCUGGCUUGGAUUUCUCUAAUGAUAUUAUUGAGAACACACUUCGACAAGAGAACAAACGAAAAGAAAAUGAUGCACCAAAACGAGAAACAUUUGCAAUGCCAAAUAUUCGUUUCAAUCGCACAGGUUCCAAGUCAAACAGCACCACACCUUCUAAUUCAUCAUCAAGUUCUCCAACAUUUUCUUCUCAACAGCCAUUGAUUAAUAAAGAAAUGACGCAGGACCCCUGUAAAUUUGUGACUCACAUCGCCACUGACCUUUAUGAUGUUUUAAGUAAUAGUAAACAGUUAGUUAAUAAGGUACCUCCACCUUUGUUUGAAAUGAUUAAAAAACAAUCAAAAGAAAACGUUUCUCAACAACAAA